AUGGAAGGCUGUUUAGCUGUGAAUGCGGAAGGCAAGAGUGGGGGGCUGGUUAUGAUGUGGAAAGAAAGUAAGAAGGUUGAGAUUCAAACCUAUUCCAGCAACCAUAUUGAUGCUUUGGUACAUAUGAAAAAUGAGAGCCCUAUUCGUUUCACUGGCUUUUAUGGAAAUGCUGAUCCGAAUAGAAGACAGACUUCCUGGAAUAUGCUUAAAAGGGUUGGUCAAACUGUUACUGGGAAGUGGAUUAUCGGGGGUGACUUCAAUGCUAUUUUGGAUGAGGCGGAAAAAGAGGGGGGUCGGAGAAAGCCUAAGGUUCUGAUGGAGGAGUUUCGCACGAUUGUUGACGAAUUAGCGGUGGUGGACUUAAAAACUGAUAAUGGGUGGGUGAUUCGGCAGUCUAGCUCUGACCAUGAUGCGAUCAGUUUAGAUACAGAAGGUAGGAGACCGAGAGAUGGCCCUAUGGACCCGAGGCUUUGUUUUAGGUAUGAGGUUUGUUGGGCUAGAAAUGAAGCUGCUAAAACGAUUAUCAAGGGUGCUUGGCAGCGUGGGAAUCAAGAUAUUAUGGAGAAGAUUACGAAUGUUGGCAAAGAGCUUGGAAGGUGGCAGUAUAAGAAGUUAAAACAACUGCGGAAUAAAAUUGGUUCUCUGCAGGCGGAUAUUAAUAGAAUUAUUGAUGGCCAGGGGAGCAAUAACGAGGGCAAGAAGCUUAAAAUUUGUUCGGUUAAAAUUGGGGCUACUAACAGGAGGAAAAAAAACAAUAUUGCUAGACUUAAAGACACCAACGGCAGUUGGAGGGAUAAUAAUGUGGACAUUUGUAAAGCUAUCAGGGAGUAUUUUCAACUCUUGUUUAAGUCAAAUUUCAAUUCUAACAGUGAGCUUAAUCUGGACUAUGUAGAGAAAUGCAUUUCAGGGACGGCCUUUAGUCAAAUGGAUCCUAGGAAAGCUCCCGGAAUUGAUGGUUUGUCAGGGCAUUUCUUCAAAGAAAAUUGGGACGUCGUUGGAGCGGAUGUUAUUAAUCUUUGCCUGGAUAUUCUUAGGGGUGUUAAAGAUGUGGAUUGCUUAAAUGAUACUAUUAUUGUUUUAAUCCCUAAGGUUAAAGAUCCUGUGGAUAUGACUAAUUUUAGGCCCAUCAGCCUAUGUAGGGUGAUUUACAAAAUUAUUGCGAAAGUGCUUGCCAAUCGGUUGAAGGAAACGCUUCCGUUAUGCAUCAGCCAAAAUCAAAGUGCCUUUGUUCCGGGGAGGAUGAUUCACGAUAACAUUUUGAUUGCUCACGAGCUUGUCCAUUAUCUUCAGAGUGCGAAGAAUGGUCCUAAUAAAGGGUUUGUGGUCAAGCUUGACAUGAGUAAGGCAUACAACUGGGUGGAGUGGAACUUUAUCGAAGAGGUGAUGAAGAAAAUGGGCUACGUAAAUGAUUGGGAGUCGAAAAUUAUGAGAUGCGUUAGAUCGUAUAAUAAUAUGCUUAAGGGAAUUAGAGCUAGUAGAAAUGGGCCCCGUAUUAAUCACCUGUUUUUUGCUGAUGACGCUCUUCUCUUUGUUCGUAAUAAAAAAAGAGAUGUUGAGGAGCUUGUGAGUAUUAUAGCUCAUUUUAGUAGGGCUUCGGGCCAAGAGAUUAAUAAGGAUAAAUCCAUGAUUUUGUUUAGCCCUAAAACCCCUAGGGAUAGUAGACUUUCGGUUAGCUCCUUGCUUGGCAUGCGGACUGUCGAAAAGCUUGAUAGUUAUCUUGGACUUCCACUUCCUGUUGGUAGGAAGAAAUCUUUAGCUUUCACUGACAUCAUUAAUAGGUGUACUUGCAGGGUUAAAAGCUGGUCAAAACACUUGCUUUCUUACGGUGGGAAAGAGGUCUUUAUCAAGGCGAUUAUCCAGGCCAUUCCGUCCUAUGCAUUUUCGGUGUUCUUGGCUCCAAAGGGCACUAUAGAGGAACUCCAUUCACAAAUGGGAAGGAUGUGGUGGACAAACAACGACAAGAUGCGGGGUUGGGCAAUGAUGGCGUGGCGGAAAAUGUGUCAUCCGAAGGGUAUGGGUGGAAUGGGCUUUCGAAACCUAUAUCUCUUUAACCUGGCUCUUUUGGGGAGACAGGGGACGUAUUCAGUUAUAAGCGGUGCGACAAGCCUUCAUUCACCUAGGCAAGCAUUGCCAAAGGCGAUGAAUGCGCUUAAGGAUGGUUUUAUUUGGCAAGUGGGAGAUGGCAAUGGGAUUGAUCUUAGACGUGCGCAUUGGGGGCUGAAUGGUAUCUUUGGAGAGUCGGUUUGUCGGUCUCCUCUCAAUGAUAAUGAAAGAAAAGUCAAAGACCUGUGGGACCAAGAUAACAGACGUUGGAAAAGGGAAAGGGUGAAAGAGAUUUAUGGGGAUUAUUUGGGGGAGUGCAUAUGCAAUUUGCCCAUUCCUCCUAAUAACAUUAAAGACACCCGGACGUGGCUCCAAAAUCCGCAUGGUAUUUACACGUCCAAGUCGGCUUAUUCUUGGCUGAUUCUUAAGGAAGUCGGAUUCGGCCCUCACAGAUUUUUCUGGCGCGCCUUAUGGAAGCUUCAGAUGCUCCCGAAGAUCAAAAUCUUUAGCUGGAGGAUUGGUCACAACAUUCUCCCCACGUUCGACAACAUUGCUCGCAUCCGUCAGGGUUUCCAAAACAUUUGUCCGAGAUGCAAAGACAGAGAAGAAACGCUGAUUCAUGCCAUGAAAGACUGUAAAAAGGCUCGUGAGAUUUUGGCUGCUGGUGGGUUAAACAAUAGACUGCUAACUGGGGAAUAUACCAACUGCAUCGAUUGGUUGGAGGAUGUUUUUCGUGUGCUGGAUAAGAAAGCUGCUGCUGAUUUCUUAACUCUGCUUUGGAACAGCUGGAAUGAUAGAAAUAAUAUGCUUUUCAAAGGGAAAAUGGAUGAAGCGGUGACGGUGCAGGAAAGGCGACCAUGUUAA